CAUAUCUUCAGAUAAAAUUAGCCAGCUGUUCUACUCAACACUAAAUUUGAGGGACACCAGAAUUUAAGUGCAUGAGUAGUGCAUUUUAUUGUCCAGAAUCAGUUUCACCACAUUUUCAAAUCAGAGGGAAACUUCCUCUAAUCUACAUCGCUUCAUCACAGGUUUAAAGAAAAUCCCAUGAGUAAUUCAAUACUUUUACAAAGGAGCAGUAUGGAGAUGGAACAGGAAGGGCAGGAUCUACAUCUUCUGACUAGCAUUAGACUACAAAUCAUCUACAGUCCUCUAGCGACUGUGAUGAGGCUGCACCAAUAUCCACUGUUAGGUACAGCCCACACCGUUUGUUAACAAGACUCAGGUGUAAGAGACACAAUGAAAGGAAGGAAACACAGGAAGAGUAUAUUAGAUACAAGGAUUCCCAUCUCCACCCAAAUAUAUCCUGCUUGACUUUGUUAGCAAAAAAAUGUUAGAGAACAUUUCACAUUUUAAAGCAGCUAUAGGAGGAAAAAGUUCUGAGGAAUUUUGUCCCUUUGAACUUCCAAGUAAAACCUUAAGUAAGAUUAUGCAAACCUAAAGACCAAUCCUGAUUAGUGGGAGGGGGGAAUGCAGCCCUUUUCCAAAUAAGUUCUUGAGGAUUUCUCCUCUGCUGCUAGGGUUUGUGUUGGAUAAAGAAAGCCCUCCUAACAAACCAGCAUUCUUUUCCACCUGAUCAGAGCUAAUUGGCCCCCCUGCAGACAAAAUGACCAAUCACAUCAGCUUCAGAUGAAAACCAACCCCCCUCCACCCCCCGCAUUAUAAACAGAGGAAUGAGACAUGUAAACCCAUUUCAAAGAAGAGAUCUCUACAAACAACAAUUGUGGAAAGUUUCUUGCCUGUACUGGGACCAGAACAUAAGAUUAUCGCAGUUACUUUUUGGACCCAAAACCUCUCCCCCUUUCCCCUGCACACUGAUAAAAGCUUCAGAGACAUUGCUUAACAUCAGCAGUGGCCUGAGUAUGUUCAGCAGAAGAGGCUCUCCCCCAGUUUUCAGAAGAUGAGAUCAGAUAUGAUAGACAGCAACAACACCAAAUCUAGUGCCCCCCUCCUGGAUCAAAGGCACUUGAGGAUGGUGACUAAAGAUGGACACAGCACACUACAGAUUGAUGGCACCCAAAGGAAAGGUCUGGCAUACCUACGAGAUGCUUGGGGAAUACUAAUGGACAUGCGCUGGCGAUGGAUGAUGCUAGUCUUUGCUGCUUCUUUUGUCAUCCACUGGCUAGUCUUUGCAGUGCUCUGGUACCUCCUGGCUGAGAUGAAUGGGGACCUGGAGUUGGAUCAUGAUGCCCCACCUGACAACCACACCAUUUGUGUUAAGUACGUCACCAGCUUUACAGCUGCUUUCUCCUUCUCCCUGGAGACACAGCUCACUAUUGGUUAUGGCACCAUGUUCCCAAGUGGGGACUGUCCUAGUGCUAUCGCCCUGCUUGCCAUACAGAUGGUCCUGGGGCUCAUGUUGGAGGCCUUCAUCACAGGUGCUUUUGUGGCAAAGAUUGCCCGUCCAAAGAAUCGAGCAUUCUCCAUCCGCUUUACUCAUUCUGCAGUAGUGGCACACACAGAGGGCAAGCCAUACCUUAUGUUCCAGGUGGCCAACACUCGUCCCAGCCCACUCACCAGCGUUCGGGUUUCAGCUAUUCUUUACCAAGAACAAGAGAAUAGUCAGCUGCAUCAAACUAGUGUGGAUUUCCACCUGGACAGUAUCACGUUUGAGGAGUGUCCAUUCUUUAUCUUUCCACUGACCUACUACCACUCCAUUACCCCAUCUAGUCCUCUAGGUGUUCUCCUCCAAGGGGAUACCCCUCGCCAUUUUGAGCUAGUAGUCUUCCUCUCAGCAAUGCAGGAAGGCACAGGGGAAACAUGUCAGAGGAGGACAUCCUACCUCCCAUCUGAGAUCAUUCUACACCAUCGCUUUGCUUCUAUGCUGGCCCGAGGUGCCAAAGGGGAAUAUCAGAUCAAGAUGGAGAAUUUUGACAAGACUAUUCCAGAGCUCCCAGCUGCCGCAGACUCUAAGAGUCCAAAGAGGACUGACAUGAAGAUCCGCAUCAAUGGACAGCACACUGACAGCUUCCAGAUUUCUGAGACUGGUCUGAUAGAAUAGAAUUUGGACGUGGUGCCAUUUUUUUUUUUUUACAUUAAACUUUCAGGUUAAACUUCCAGCCUUCCUUUUCCCCCUAUUUUCUUUUGUGCUCUUUCCCCUUUUCUCCUUUCUUUUGAUUGCAGUAUAGUGUGCAGAGUAAAAAAAAGCAUAAAGUGCACAUGUAAACUGAUGAGAGGCUGUUUUGACUGCACAGAAUAGAAAGUCAGGAACAAGUACCACAGUACAAGUUCUGGGAAAGUACUAGUACUACCUGCUGAAUUCACUAGACGAUGAUUAAAACUGCACUGACCCUGAAGUGUGAGACUUUCAGACUCCCACAGUUGACCAAAACCUAAUUAAAUGGUAUGUGGGUAGAACACUAUGGCAAAAUGGGCAGCAACAGUACAAUAGAAGACCUCAUCUAAAACUAACCUGAGGUUAAAUUACACUAGUUUGGGGAUCAGCAAUGAGGUAGUUAUAAGAUUGUUAUAACCCUUUUACAUUAACACUUUCUGGGUACAUGGUUACAUCAAUUUUCAGAUGGCAGAACAUCCUACUAAAAUCAUUGCCAGUCUUUUCAGUGGCAGUGAAAUGCAUUCCAGAUGUGCUUGUUUACUACAUGAAAUCAAGAGUACUGACUGCAGUUCUUCAUUCCACCAGGUCAGAAGGGGGUACAAUAUCUCUGACAGGUCUGUGAAGACAGCAAGUGCCAAAAAUCCUGAAGUGUAUAUAUGACACAAACAUGCUACAGUGGAGAUAUUUUCAUACUUGGAAACAUUUAAUAAAUUAUUUCAGCAGUAGAAAACAGACUGUUAUACAGCAAUUCAUGUCUCUUGGCACAGUGAAAUUUCAUGUGUUCUCAGCUUUGCACAUCUUACACUUCGAGUAGUUCUGGCACCACAGGAUGCACUAUAUCUACCAAGAACUGCAUCCAUUUAUAUUUUAUGCUUUUUAAUAUAAACAUCUAUAUCUGUACGCACAGCAUAUAGAUAAAUCAUAUCUACAAAAUCAGACACAUCUGAAUUUUAAAAUAAAAAAAAUUGAAACAAGUGCUUUAUAAUGGGACUUUUUUUGCCAGGAGUACUUCGUAAGAAUACCAAGGACAAGGAACCGGGCUCCUAUAUGCAACAAUUUCUAAUAUGAUCAAAUGGGCUAACAGUUAAGUGGACUGUCUGCUGUCAAGUCACAGCUUCUCAGCAAUGGAAUGCCACUUUAAAAUGGCUAUUCUAUAUUCAGACUGAAACAGCCAACUGUUACCAUCAAAAUAAAUGUUGCCAUUCAAGGAUAAUUAAAAGACUUUUCCCUGCAACAAAUGUGGCAUAACCACUACUAAGCAGUUUAGAUAAAAACUAUAUACUGGAGCUGAUGUUAUUGUAAAGUGACCAACAGCAGGAAAUAUAGUUUGAAGCCAUAUUAGGAGGGCACUGUCUAUUGGAGGUCUUUUUUUCAAACCCAGAAGUACAGAGGUUGUCAAGCUCUUGUCACGGAGAACCUGGUAGGACAACUGUUUUGUCACAAGGUGCCAACUGUACCUCAUUUCCAGAAGGUAAUUUCUAUUAAAAAGACAGCUAAAGAGAUAUUAAAAUAUUAUUACUUUUCCAUGUUAACUAUUGUUGUAAUUGUCACAGGAAUGUGUUAUGUACCACAGGAAGGAGGAGAUCCAUGCAAUCAUGAACUGGAGGGCAGGUGGCCAAUCUCUGAAUUCAAAAAUAGUUCAUUGCUCUGAAAAUGUUUCCAUAUUCCUUCCCUACAACAAUAUAGGCUUCAAGGGCUGGUUUUAUUAUAGAGAAUGGAUACUUUCAAUAUUAUGUCUUUCACUCUCAGUAUAAUGGAACCAUAUUUUAACCCACUGUAGUGCCUGUACAGUAAUAGCAAACAACAUCUUGUAUUAAUGUACAUUAAAUUGCCUUUGUCCUCACUUUUCAUAGUUGGUCCUGCACGUGCACUUUAAAGUUCAGCUGUUUCUCUUCAUAACAUUAUUGGCCAUACCCCCAAGAUAUGGAAAGCGGAGGGGAGGGAAAAGGUGAGGGGUUGUGCUAUAUUUAUCCUUUUCUAUUUUUAAGCCCCAAACCAAUAUCCUACAGUACAGAGGACAACCCUUAAAAAGCAGCAGAACAAGAAAUUGUACUGUAAAUACUUCAUUAAGCAUGGAAUAAAGUACAAAAAUAGUUCAAAUAUGAGUACGGAGCUGCUUUACAUAUACUGACAAUUCUCCACUUUAAGUAACAUAAUCCUGUAUAACUCAAUUGUUCUGCAAUUCAGGAGUGUAAUAAUACAUCUCAAUCUAUACUAAGGACACUUAAUGGCGAGACCAUACCAGAGCUAUGGACAUAUCCCAGGUAACAUAAGUAUCCUUAGAGUCAGGAUAAUUCUGACUAUACUGUAUUGAAUUUUGACUUUUACAUCUUCUGUUUUAAACCAUUCAUUAUAGCUGUUUUCAACUUUUAAAAGCAAGGUUAAAAGAGGUAAAAAAAAUUAACAUCUUGUAUAUAAUUAAGCUUGUUCUUUUUAAUGUUCAAGUAUUCCUCACAUGAAAGGCAUAAAUAAGCACUCAGAUGGAAAUCUAUUUGCCACAUUUAACACUGACUUUCUAAGUGUCUUGUAAAUCAUAAACAUUUGUGAUGUGUUAACAGUAAAACAUGUAUUCGUUGAUCACUAUUCCUGCUUGGAAACUGAUGGACUUGUUUAAGAUCAGAUGCUGUGUAAAAACUGGACUGGCAUUUGCCUUCCCAUGUGAUUUUUCUAGAUGUCAAUGAUCUAACAUAUGACUUGUUUAAUUGGCAAAUAAUCUAAGCCUUUGAGAAGCAUCUUUGGGUAUUUCUGGCUGAAAGCCAUAGGGCCUAUGGCAAUUUGCAUAGUAACUCCUCCAGUGUAUAGUGCACCUUUGCCUUGAAUAUCAAUACCAACACUGAAGGUUGCUGUUCAGUUCGUGAAUUGAUUGCAUCAGCUGGAAAACAUUUUCUGAAUACUAAAAAAAGUGAUCAUUAUCCCUCCAUGAAGUUAGCUGUGUAUCAAUUAAUGAUAAAACGUUUGAAAAUUAAUCCUAUUUAUUGGGGGAUUUGUAUGGGGUUUCUUAAUCUUUUAUUUUUUUUAAACUUAAGAUAUUUUCCUGGGGGUGCCAUGAUUUCUGAAUUACCAAAAUAUUCUAGAGUGGUUUAUUUCCUGCUUUCUAGUUUCUACUUAUCUAUGAUAUUUUGACCACCCACAACACAGAGGGACACAAAGACCUGGUGAUUCAGUGAAUAUCUGGUCAGAGAGCACUCAAGGCUUUAUUGGAGAACCCACUAUCAUUGGUUGGUUUGGGCAAAGAUGAUGCCGUUGGUGGAAAGUGCAAAAGUGGGAACCUAAAGCCCUUGUCAGGUUUAGCAUGGAUAAUGGUAACAAGUCACUGCACUCCUUUACUAAUGAACUUCAUCCCUGAACUUGAGAGAGCAUCUCUCGGUGAUAAAUUUACUUUCAUGCCAAUUCAGUCCUUCACCUCUUGGCUAAGAUUGCUAACAGUGCUAACUGUGUUUUUUGGUGAUAGGAAUGUGUGUACUAGAAAGUGAAACUAGGACCCUUUUGACCCCAAAUCAUUUUACAUAAGCCACUAAAAAAACAUUACAUAGCAGUGACUUUUUCCCAUUACUGACCAAGGUUGAAAUUAAACUAAAUCAUCAUUUUGUGCUGACCAACCCUUUUUGGUUAGGAGACUAAGGAAGGAAGGAAGUAAAGAUUUUCCUUCUCCCAGGCGCACAAAUCCUUAAAAGAGUGACAGGCAAAUCUAAGUGGAUAUAGUUAAAACCCUGAGAGUAUUUUAUAUUAAAAAUCUGAACAGUUUACAAAUAUGGCCUUCAGCCGUAUCUUCUCAUGCUGUGAUCCUGUCUGUUCUCACAAGCUAAACAGGAUCAGACUGGGACAGUACCAGAAAGAGAUGUGAAAGAAACAGUCCGGUACAGCAGCAAGUUAUGUCAAUGAUCCGGUAGUUGGCAUUCUUUCCUUUCAAUAAGGAAAUAACUCAAUCAAUAACUCAACAAUCUGUUGGGGGAAGGGAGAGGGACACUCCUUCAGAUGAGAUACAAAGCCAAGGUCUUGACCACUUGUGGUUACUGAAGAUCCCAAGACAUGCUUUGUAGGAAGAGGAGCAUCAACCCUGGCAUCCUGACAAAAUUCCAGCUGGGGUAAUUAUAUCCUGCAUACCUAAAUUCCUCAUGCCAUUUCAAUGAGAAGAGAUCUGCUUCUCAUCCUAAAGUGACAUGUAGUGUCAAUCUGCACUGCUAAACUGCUGCUGUGGUUUCAUUAAUAAAUUAAGUGAAUUCUGUGCAUAGUUUGGUAAAAUUGCAAAAUGUUUUCACAUCCGUCAGGAUGAAAAGGUGCUAAAAUAAAUGUAAUUUCAUUAAAUCAAGUUAUUGUUGUAGCCA